AUGGAAUGCUUCAGGAAAUUCCUUCAAAAGUCCACGAAGUCGGAGGGAGGCUCCCCUGAAGAUACCUCUAAGGGGGAAGCGAAAUAUCGUCCGUUCGCAAGAAAGGAGUCGAUACCGACACGUCUGACAAGAAUUCUCCGACAGGUCCGGUUGCUUCGCGACGAGGUUUCCACAGACAUCUUUGACGAGGCUCAACUCCCUACGAGUUUGAAGCACCUGUUGGCCGCGACGCUGGUCGUGAAGUUCGAGGCGGCGCACGGCGCAGUUUCUCGCAACGAUACCGCCUUACGUCACCUGGAUGCAAACAUAUUCAAGGGCAAGCUGCGUAGUUUGUUGGAGAAAUACUCGCUAAGUGGAGCGUGGGAGAAAGCUCUUCUUGAUACGGUCCUCGUAGCCGAUCGCCAAGUCACGUAUUUCGUCCAAGUCAGCGGCCCUCCCCUCCAUGCCCGGAAAUCCACCUUCGGAUGGAUUCACACGGGCUUGCGAAAAGAAAACUUUCGAGAAAAUCAUACGGAAGCUCUCGCCUUGGAAUACGACCGGAAACGAGUUGUUGCCCAUCGGAAGAAAUUAUCCCCGAAAGUCGCCUCAGGAGAUCUGCGAGAACUUCGUGACCGCUUGGCUUGCGGUGACGAGAUGGUUCUCGAAGAUGUGUUUGAUCGAUGGGCUGCGACGACAACUGUGGAUAGGAAACAGGAGGUCUUCAAGACGAUCCUCGAAAAGGGUCAUCCCUUUCGGCGGACCCUCGAAAAUUUUCUGAAUUCGAAGAAGAACUCUUCGAUGCUGUCAUGUCUGUUUUUAGAAUGUUCCCACGGUGUUACCUCGCUCAUAGUCGCCAACCUGUCCGCCAUCCUGAUCGAUAAGUGCAUCUUGAAGAACCUGCUUUUCGAUGCCACCCGGAGUCGACUGAAAGCUUUCCUUUGCGACUACAUGCGGCAUAGAAUCGACUAUGGAUCAAUCGACUUGCUGGAAUCGAAGCUGCGGAGGGUCGACACAACACGAUGGAUGAGGAAACUCGGCUUGCCAAAUGCUGAACUUUUCCUACGCUGUCUCUGUGCAUUCUUGGCGAAACUUGCAGUUCUCAAUAUACACGCAGUUUUUGAGGUCGGUUCGCGGUGUUCCUCUCCAAAAAUCCCCGAAUACGCUUUGGAAGAAGAAGUGUCUGCGAAACGCCGGACGUGUCUUGGAAACCUGAUUAGAGAGAACUUGGAACCCAGUACCUCUGCCGCUCAGGGAACGAUGCUUGCUCUACCGAAAUCGUCCCCGUUUGAAUACCGCCCGGUCCACAAAUACCUAUCAAGGAAGCCCAAAUUGUCUCUCGCGCUAAAAUCCUGUAUCCAGUGCCUGAAGUCGGACUGUCAAUCGAGGCUACGGGUCCCGAUUUGCGCGAUGAGCUCGGCGCUCGCUUUACAGCGACUGGCUAAGCUCCGUGAGCAGGGGCGCUUGUUUUUCGUGAAGGGCGACGUGCGAGACUGUUACGGGAGCAUCGACCUUGAUGGCUUGAAGGAUUGGCUCUCAGGAAACUGGCCGACCGCCACGAAAGCGUUGGAGUUCCUGGAGCUCGACCUACCGAUCCGUCCAGGGUCUCGGAAAAAAAGGUUCCUCCAUCUUUUCGAAGACCGGAUUUUUAGACGACCUCUCUGCGAUGGUCGAUUGAGCGUUCUGAUCCCGACCGGGAAUCAGUCAUGCUGGGAACCGCGAAAGGAGCUCGGGAUCUUGUUGAAAUGGAUGGAGAACAUUGUAGUGAAAAUCGACGGGACCUCUUUCAGGUUCCAUAAGGGAAUUCCGCAAGGCGCAAUUCUAUCUUCGAUGAUCGCUGACCUCUAUCUGGCAAUCCACGUCGAUCAGCUCUUCGAGCGGUUCCGGGACGAUCUUGCAGUCUUCAGAACUAUGGACGAUUAUUUGGCUGUCUCGACGUCGCUCGAUACAGCUCAGAGAUGUCUUCAAAUCUUCAAGAAUGAAUCUUUGCAUCGAGGCUUGACCUUUUCGGAGAGCAAGUAUUCCACAAAUUGGUCUGUCGGUGUUGACGAUAGCGAUAAGACCCUCCCAUGGUCAAUCACGUACUGCGGUGAAGAGGUGGAUCCGAUUUCUGGUUGCUUCAAGUUCUCUCCAGAGUACAAGACAUUCGUCGACAACGUGAGAACUUAUCGGAAGGACCUCCAUGGCCUGCCGAUGCAGAGAGCGUUCAAGUACCUCCUGACGUCGUCCUACUGGGGAUUUUCCGGGGGCCUGUUUUCCUAUGAUGGGCGAAACUUGCCCCUCAUCCUGAGGAACGUUUAUGAAGCCGCGAUCGACAGUGCCAUGCGUUUCAGGAGUUACGUUGACGAUACUCAUAUCGCAAUUAGCAAUCUGGAGCGUUUCAUCCGAUUGCAUCGGCUCGUUUUCACGCGAUACGUGAAAACCGCAGUGUUCAAAAACUCGCCAGAAUCGCUAAAAUUACCGAAACGUAGCAUCGCUUACCUCCACUUCAAAGCAUUCAGGACCAUCAUGGCUCAAAACAAACGACGGUACGAUGGAGUUCUGCGCGCCAUUGAGGCGAGUUUUGAGAACGAGUGUAAAACCAAGAAUCCCCGCCACAAGGAGCUCUUGGUCAGAGCCAGUCGGAGCAUCUGA